CGAGCGGUAUGCGGCGCUGACGAGCGGCGGACCCUCCGCGGCGGCGCCAUGAACCUCCUGCCCUGUAACCCCCACGGCAACGGACUGCUCUACGCCGGUUUCAACCAGGACCACGGAUGCUUUGCAUGUGGGAUGGAAAAUGGAUUCCGAGUCUAUAACACCGAUCCACUAAAAGAAAAAGAGAAACAAGAAUUUCUGGAAGGAGGAGUUGGCCAUGUUGAAAUGUUAUUCCGCUGCAACUAUUUAGCUUUAGUUGGUGGUGGGAAAAAGCCGAAAUACCCUCCCAACAAAGUGAUGAUCUGGGAUGACCUGAAAAAGAAGACUGUUAUUGAAAUAGAAUUUUCUACAGAAGUCAAGGCAGUCAAAUUGCGGCGAGAUAGAAUUGUGGUUGUUUUGGACUCUAUGAUUAAGGUGUUUACAUUCACUCACAAUCCCCACCAAUUGCACGUCUUUGAAACCUGCUAUAACCCUAAAGGCCUCUGUGUCCUGUGUCCAAAUAGUAACAACUCCCUCCUGGCCUUCCCUGGCACACACACAGGCCACGUGCAGCUUGUGGACCUGGCCAGCACCGAGAAGCCACCUGUGGACAUUCCUGCCCACGAGGGCGUUCUGAGCUGCAUUGCACUCAACCUGCAGGGAACAAGAAUUGCAACUGCGUCUGAAAAAGGGACCCUUAUAAGAAUAUUUGAUACUUCAUCAGGGCAUUUAAUCCAGGAAUUACGACGAGGAUCUCAAGCAGCUAACAUUUAUUGCAUCAACUUCAAUCAGGACGCGUCCCUCAUCUGCGUGUCCAGUGACCACGGCACAGUGCACAUUUUUGCUGCUGAAGAUCCAAAAAGGAAUAAACAGUCUAGUUUGGCAUCAGCCAGUUUCCUUCCCAAAUACUUCAGUUCCAAGUGGAGUUUUUCCAAGUUUCAGGUUCCCUCAGGCUCUCCAUGCAUUUGUGCCUUUGGAACGGAGCCAAAUGCUGUCAUUGCAAUUUGUGCAGACGGCAGCUACUACAAAUUCCUGUUCAACCCCAAGGGGGAGUGCAUCCGGGACGUCUACGCGCAGUUUCUAGAAAUGACCGACGACAAGCUGUGACUCUUCACCCAGAGUGCAAUCAACGCCCGUGGCCGAGUGCCCCCAAAGUGCCGAGUGUGCCCCACAAACUCCUGGGGCUGGUGCCAGCACCCCUGGGCCUUGUGGGUGACAGGCUGGAGGGACCGUCCAGGGACCUUGGUCUUGAAGCCAUAGGUGGUUGUGUGUUUUCCUGAGCAAGCUUCGCAUCCCCAGUGUUAGCGGACGAGCCGCAGAGGCACCCCAGACACUCAGGUGGCUCUGAGCAGCUUGGCCGUGAUGCCAGCUCCAAUGGCUCUGCUUCCUCCCACCUGCAGGGGGCUCCGUACAGACUUAGGGGCUGGGCUGGGAAAAGGGUGGACAACAAAUUUCAUCAUUUUCACUGAGUCUAUAAUGGGGAAAUGAGCAGAUGUGUAAAUGUUAGUUCUUAUAUUAUAACCAGAUUUAAAUAGAAAAAUACCAGCAGCUUGCCUUAGAAAAGGAGAAAGGAAUUUUCUCCCAUCUGAACAUGAAGGAAAGCGACACAGCUGUGUUAGAGAACACAGGCGGGCAUUUCCCUCAUGAGUCCCGCGUCCUGGUCCUCCCGCGCCUGUUGUAGCCCUGGUUGGUUGUGUGCGCACCUGCUGGCGUCCCUUCUGCCGGAAUUGAGGCAGACGCCAGGCCCACCCUGUGAGUAGGGCACUUUGGGGUCUCCUGGUGAGACUCUCGGUGAAAACUGAGUUUUCCUGUUGUGUGCACAGGCUCCAGGCAUUAGUCAUAGGAGAAAGCGCCACUUAAUUUGGAGGAUAUGAAGGGAAACAUUUGACAUCUCAGUAAAGUGGAGCGGGAGGCCUUAGCCACCAUGUCCACUUCCCUGUCUCACCACCUUUUUCAUCCCCAACAUCUAUAAGAAAAGCUGCACACGAAUGUUGUGAGAAUGAAAGGCACACAACUUUUUUUAACAUUUGGUAACAAAAACAGGUUAUGGGCUCGACGUUGUUAGUACUACUUGAGGACUAUAUUUGAUUUUCUUAAAUCCCCUUUAAAGAAACCUAAUUUAUGGUUUUGAUUUCAGGUGCAAACAUUUAAAACCUGCAGCAAGUUCUCCGUCUCGCCAGGUCUUUGCUGUCGUGUAAUCUGCUAACUGUGUAUGUGGGUUCAGCGUAAAGCAUGCGUGUUCCUCUCAUGUGUAUUUAAUCAUGAAAUUUAAUUUUGCACACUUAUUUUUAAUGUUUCCUUUAAAUAAA